CUGCCCUUUAAGUGAAGCCUUGGACGGUUUAAAAUACUACCUAAAUUAAUUAAAAAAAAAUGUGAAUUAUCAAAUCCAAGUUGCGUUUACCACAAAAUCCCAUAUCUUUGCUGACUUUGAUCCUUCUUGGGUUCUUAAAAUUUUCUGGCUCAGGAGACUGUUUCAAUGGUCACUGGAUUAUAAAAGUGAGCUUAUGAUAAGAUUUUUGCAUCGGCUGAGAUGGGAAACUGCAGCUCUAUUGUAUCUUCAAACAUUGAGGAGUCCAUAGAUGGCCAAGAAAAUAUGGUAUACAUCGAGGAGAGCCCACAAGACAAUGGAAAUCUGAAACCUUGUUCUCUCCAUUCCCGGCGAGGGAAGAAAGGGCCUAACCAAGAUUCUGCAAUUCUCUAUCAGGGAUAUGGAAUGGAAGAAGGGGUCUUCUAUGGAGUCUUUGAUGGGCAUGGAAGGAAUGGCCACAUAGUAAGCAAAUUAGUGAGAAAUCGCUUGCCAUUGCUUGUUCUAGCCCAAAAGAGUGCUCUCGCAACGCUUAACACUAAUGCCAUUAAUGAGCAUGAUUAUGAAGAUGGAGAAGAGGGUGAAUUGGUGUCAACUAAGAUGUUGCAACAAUGGCAAGAGGCUUGUAUUAGUGCUUUCAAGGUUAUGGACAAGGAACUUAAGCUUCAGGAGAACUUAGACUUCUCAUUCAGUGGUACCACUGCAGUAACUAUCAUACAACAGGGUGAAGAUCUUAUUAUUGCUAAUCUGGGAGACUCAAGAGCUGUUUUGGGAACCAUUACUGAAAAAGGAUUGACAGUAGUUCAGUUAACAACUGAUCAAAAGCCUAGCUUACCCGGGGAGGCUGAAAGAAUAAAGAAGAGCAAUGGUCGUGUAUUUGCACUGAAGGAUGAACCACAUGUACAGCGUGUGUGGCUCCCCAAUAAUAAUCUCCCAGGCCUGGCAAUGGCACGGGCAUUUGGUGACUUCAAGCUUAAAGAUUAUGGCCUUAUCGCCGUCCCUGACAUUUCAUACCAUCACCGAACUGUCAAUGAUCAGUUUCUUGUUCUUGCAACUGAUGGGGUAUGGGAUGUGCUUAGUAACAAGCAAGUUGCAUCAAUUGUGUGGAUGGCAGAGAAUGAAGAGGAAGCGGCAAAAGCAAUUGUUAAGACAGCUGUGGCCGCAUGGGCCAAAAGAUUUCCUACUUCAAAGGUGGAUGAUUGCACUGUCUUGUGCUGUUUUUUGCAGGAGAGGAAACAAACACAGCCUCUUAUUACCGAAGGAGAGCCAUGGUCGCAGAAAUUGGACCGGAGUCGGCGGAGUAGGCUGAUUUGAAUCACAUUUUGGAA